UUAUGGCCGCUGGGUCACACGUCGUGUUGCUGUCAUCACCAUCGCAGCUAUUUGGCUUUUGGCCGCAUUUGUUUCAUUUGUGCCAAUCUCGCUGGGCCUGCAUCGACCCGCACAGCCGUUAAUUGUGGAGGAUAAUGGCAAAAAGUAUCCGACGUGCGCAUUGGAUCUGACACCGACAUACGCUGUUGUCUCAAGUUGCAUUAGUUUUUAUUUUCCAUGUGUGGUUAUGAUUGGCAUUUAUUGUCGACUUUAUUGCUACGCUCAAAAACAUGUAAAAUCCAUAAAAGCUGUCACACGGCCUGGGGAAGUAGCAGAAAAGCAGCGCUACAAGAGUAUACGUCGACCAAAAAACCAACAGAAAAAAUUCAAAGUACGCAAUCUGCACCACAGUUCGCCAUAUCACGUCUCUGAUCAUAAAGCGGCCAUUACAGUGGGCGUUAUAAUGGGUGUUUUUCUAAUAUGCUGGGUACCCUUCUUCUGUGUGAAUAUCGUGGCAGCGUUUUGCAAAACUUGCAUAGGCGGCCAGACAUUCAAAAUACUUUCUUGGCUGGGCUAUUCGAAUUCUGCAUUCAAUCCCAUAAUUUACUCAAUUUUCAAUAAGGAAUUUCGCGACGCCUUCAAACGCAUCCUGACCACUCGAAAUCCGUGGUGUUGUACGCAGGAUGUGGGCAACAUACAUCCGCGCAACAGUGAUCGAUUCGUCACUGAUUACGCGGCGAAAAAUGUUGUUGUAAUGAAUUCGGGCCGCUCGUCGGCCGAAUUAGAGCAGGUGUCUGCGAUUUGACCAAAACGCACCGCUUCAGCAUUAAUUUGCUGUGUUACCACCUCAGAUGCAGCAUCGCUAACAACUUAUGUUCCGUGAAAUUCAAUGGCCGUGGCAACCACAACUGAAAUGACAAAUAUCGUACAUGUGGAAAUGCCUGAAGUCGAAAUGGAAAUGGAAACGGAAUUAAUGUGAAAACCUUUUUUUUGCGUGCUCGCUUUUCAGUUGUUACAAAAACAAAAGAAAUCACAAUUCAAGUACAGGGUAUAACUAUCUGUUGGACGACACAGAAGCACAACAAAACUUUAGUCAGAAAGUGUUGCCAUAUUUUUCAAUUAAGUUAAGUAAAUUAUUUUCGCUGUUCCUAGCAAGAGAAGUAACAAAUUAUCAAAAAGUGAGAUUUUUAUGUGGUCUACUACCGAUAAGCAAAGGAAAUGUAAGUAUUACUAGAGUAUAAAAAUUAGAACAUAAGUCAACCACUAGUAAAAAGAAUAAAAUUAUAAUAUAUAUAA